GGCCGCCUGGGCCAGAGCGCUGCCGGGCCGCCUUAGGGCGGGCGCUGAGGGCGCGGCCCCGCAGCCCGGGUGAGCGGGCGGGGAGUGGGCUCGGAGCGGCGCCGCUCCGUUCUGUGAGCGGGGCGGGGGGACACGGCCAAACAAACAAUAACCCGGCGAUUCCUGCUGAAAUGCGGCGCCCCAUGCUGGCAUGAGCCCCGCCGUCGGGAGCAGCGCGCCCCGGGCACCGCCGCUUUCCCUGGCCGCAGCUCGGUGUCGGGAGCAAAGCGCUGUCGCCGACUGUCACCGCGGAGCCGCCGCUGGCGGCAGCGCCGGACGCCGGGCGAGGGACGGACGCAGGUGCAGCACACUGGCAGCAUGGCUACAAGCGCCGUUCCCAGCGAAAACCUGCCCACGUACAAGCUGGUGGUUGUUGGAGAUGGUGGUGUGGGCAAGAGUGCUCUCACUAUUCAGUUUUUCCAGAAGAUUUUUGUGCCAGACUACGACCCAACUAUUGAAGACUCCUACCUGAAGCACACAGAAAUAGAUGGGCAAUGGGCAAUUCUUGAUGUUCUGGAUACUGCAGGCCAGGAGGAGUUCAGUGCAAUGCGGGAGCAGUACAUGAGGACUGGAGAUGGUUUCCUCAUCGUCUACUCGGUGACAGACAAGGCCAGCUUCGAGCACGUGGACCGGUUCCACCAGCUGAUCCUCAGAGUCAAGGACAGGGAGUCUUUUCCAAUGAUUUUGGUGGCAAACAAAGUUGAUCUAAUGCACUUACGGAAAAUUACAAGAGAACAGGGGAGAGAAAUGGCAACAAAACAUAACAUUCCUUAUAUAGAAACCAGUGCCAAGGACCCACCUCUGAACGUGGACAAGGCCUUCCAUGAUCUCGUGAGGGUUAUAAGGCAACAGAUCCCAGAGAAAAGCCAGAAGAAGAAGAAAAAGACCAAAUGGCGAGGGGACAGAGCUACGGGCUCCCACAAACUCCAGUGUGUGAUUUUGUGACAGGACACCCUGGGAGUGCCUUGGAUGCCUCCCUCCUCCCCUCCUGGCCCCCCAGCAGCCCGGGUGAGGAGCUGCAGCCCGAUGCUGAUGCCCUCAGGGCCCCGUGGGCUCCCUGUGGCAGCUCAGACCCGGAGCGGGCGCUCAGAGGGGCCGGACCCUGGAGAGGGGCUGCACGCCAGGGCCAGCGUGGGAGCUGUGCCAAUGGGAGGCAGCAGGGAUCAGCAGGACCUCAACUCUCAAACAUCCCCAGCACCUUCCAGGGGCCUCCAUGAUGUUUAUAAAAACAAAACAAAAAAAACAAGGCAGAAGUUAAAAAAAAGUGUUGGUUUUAUCUGCAAACAUUUCUCUUUGUGACCCAUUUCUGAACAGCAUUGAAUAGCCCCCCUGUUUGGUACAGUUGUCUGUGUAUGUGGGGGAAGGGAAAGGGUUUUUCUUUCUCUUAAUUUUUUUUUCUCCUCUUCUUCCUUUUUGUUGUUUGCUCAGCAAGUGUUGGGUUGCAAAGAAACAACGGCCAGGCUUAGAUUUUUUGCACUGGACUCUCUUGGGCAGCAGUGCCAAAACACAGCUUCAUAUGAAAGUGCAUAGAUUUGGAGGAAGAAAAUUAAUUCCAGCUGCUCUGGGUGCUCCAGACAUUGUGUCAGACUCUGGAGGGUUGCCAGCUCACAGACCAUAAACUCCAGUUUAGGAAAGGAGGUUUGGGCUUGGAUUAUACAUUUUUUUUCUUACCCUUUGUCAAGAGGUUUUGUUUCUGUUUUGUAACUUUGGACAUGUCAAACUUAAGGCAUUUUGUUAACCUGAAAGUAUUUAAAUUAAAGUAAUUUACAAAUGGAAGGGUAUUUCAUUUUUGGGGGAGGGGGGUGGAGGGGAAGGGAGAAAGGAAGUAAAAUCUGAACUGAAUUUGUUAUUUGGGUGUUGAAUUUCUCCCUCAUAAAUGCAUGUAAAGUGGUGUGAUCUAAAUCACUCUAUUAUUCCGUAACCUUUCCCUGCAAAGCCACUCGUGGGUAGAUUAAUUGUUUUGCUUUUCCCAGGCUCAUCUCGCACACACAGGAAACAAAAUGUGUUUAUGGAGUUUGGCUCAAUGUUUCUUCUUCUCCCUCCUUCGCCAAGUUGGUGACUUGAAAGGAAAAGGUGUUUUUAAAAUGAUUCAAGUGGGAUGGGUCUCUUCAUAAGCUGACUCUAUCUAAAAUGUCUCCCUGAAAACAGCAAGGACUAAAUAUGCCUUAUGAAAAGACAAGGCAAAAACCCUGCAAGCAUUCAGACUGCCAUCUGUAGCACCAGAAAUAUGGCUGUGCACAUCCUGGAGGGGCCACGUGUUCUUUCACACCUUUCCGGGCAGUAAGAGCUGCAGUAGCAAAUUUGUCUUUAAUGGUAUGUCAUGUGCUGGAUUGAAUCCAUUCACGUGGUCACCAAAUCUGUUUAAAAGUAGCAACUUGCUUUUCAUCAGCUUGAAUCCUAUUCAAAUAUGCUUUGUGGGCAUGAUUUAAAAUAUUGGCAGAGUAUGAAUGCCCGAGAUUUAUGUGUCUGAGCACAGAAAAUCCUGGUAUUGGAUAUUGAAGACACCCAUCCAAGAUGAUGAUCAUCACAAACUUAGUUGUCCGUACUUGUCUAUUUGCCACCAGAUUUCAUUUGUCCAGUCUUCGUCACAGCCAGAAGAUGGCAAAGGCCUGUGGCUGGCUCAGCAAGCUGCUUGGGGUAAUGCUGACUCUGCUGCCUCUGUCCCCUUUGGUGUGGUGACAGAUGCUGGGGAUGGGUUAAGCAGAGGGAUAUUGGAAAGAAGUGUCUCUCACAGACUCUUAGGUUGGAUGUGGGCCAUACACUUCAGUAACGUGCUGUGUCAGCUGAGAUGUGGCUCCCGACCAUGGCAGCAUUUCUCCCAGUGCUGGCUGAACAGAACUGCAGCAACUGAAGCCAUCCACUUCAAAUUCUGGUCCUUGAGACUUGCCUCUGCCUUCUGGAAGAAGAUCUCCCUGUAGGCAUUUCAUUUGUUCUGCUUUGAAAACCUCCAGUAAAUCAGAAAUUGUCUGAU